AUGGCCGAUUCUCGUUCUGAGUCUAUGUCAACAGUAUAUGAACUAUCUGAAGAUAUUGUCCAUAGAAACGUUGAAAAAUCGAACGUUUCUUCGUCCACUCCUUCCAAUAUCGAUAGAUUGUCUGCUUCGUUUGAACCUGCCUAUUUUAAUAUAGAAACUGAUGAACAAUCGCCUUACGAAGAAGUUGCUGCCAAUGUGUCCAACAAAGAUGAUCGCGAUAUGCCUUGUUUAACGUUACGAUCUUGGAUCAUCAGUCUUCUAUUCACAUGCUUACUUUCAUUUGUGAAUCAAUUUUUCUGGUAUCGUACCUCCCCCCUAUUUGUUGGUGUCAUUGUUGCACAACUUUUAUCACAUUUACUUGGCAAAAUCAUGGCUAAAGUGUUGCCUCGCCGAACAUUCAAGGUGUGGCGAUGGGGUUUCUGUCUCAAUCCAGGCCCGUUCACCAUCAAAGAACAUUGCAUUAUUACAGCAAUGGCUAGUGCAGCAGGAGGUACUGCAUAUGCAAUUGAUGUGAUUACUAUUAAACGUUUGUUCUAUAAAAGAUCCAUCAAUUAUGGUGUUGGUAUUCUCUUUGUUAUUACAUCUCAGACUUUAGGCUAUGAAAUGGCUGGAAUUAUGCGUAGAUUUCUUGUCUGGCCAGCUGCUAUGAUUUGGCCGGCUAAUCUGAUUAGUUGUGCUCUCUUUCGUACUUUACACAGUGGCAAUGAUGACAACAUGCAGGAAGAAAACAACAAUUCUCGAUGGACCAUGUCUCGUUUUCGUUUCUUUUUUCUUGCAUUUCUUUGUCAAUUUUUGUGGUACUGGUUUCCAGGCUAUAUUUUUCCGAUUCUUUCUCUUUUCUCUUGGAUCUGUGUGAUCAAGCCAGACAAUAUUUUAUUGUCACAACUUACUGGUGUCAAUGGACUGGGACUUGGUUCAUUGGAGUUAGAUUGGAAUGCUUGGGUAUCGUUUCUUGGAUCACCGAUCAUCGUUCCAUUUUGGGCUCAGAUUAACAUUAUGAUUGGUUUUGUUAUUUUGGCCUGGAUAAUGACACCUGCCGCUUACUACACCAAUCUUUGGGGUGCAAAAGCUUUUCCCAUGGUCAGUACGCGUGUAUUCACAGAAGAUGGUUAUUAUUAUAAUAUUAAAUCAGUGCUCAACUCACAAAAUCGUUUGAAUGAAACUGCAUAUAACACCUAUGGUGAAAUGCGAAUGACAGUUAUAUUUGCAUUUUCUUAUGGUGCUUCAUUUGCUGCUAUUGCUGCUGUCAUUGUACACACUAUUCUAUUUAAUGGCAAAACCAUUGUGAAACAAUUUCGAUCGUCUUUGAAAAAUACUAAUGAAGACAUUCAUGCAAAGCUUAUGUCUUACUAUUCAGACGCGCCAGAGUGGUGGUAUAUUAUUUUGUUCGUUGUUGCCUUUGUGAUUGCCGCUCUUGUGUGUCAUUUUGGUGAAUUAAUGCCAUGGUAUUUUCUUUUUCUGGCUGUUGCGAGUGCCUUUCUUUUGCUUUUACCUACUGGUAUCGUACUAGCAGUCUCAAAUCAGGGAAUUGGACUCAAUGUUAUUGCAGAGUUUAUUGCUGGUGUUGCCAUUCCCGGUGAUCCAUUGGCCAAUGUAACAUUUAAAACAUAUGGAUAUAUUACACAAGCUCAAGCUUUAACACUCAUUUCGGAUUUGAAACUGGGCCACUACAUGAAGAUUCCACCACGUGCCAUGUUUAUCACUCAACUUGUAGGCACAAUUAUAGCUGGAAUCAUCAAUUAUGCUACAGCCGACUAUCUCAUGACUACAAUUCCAAAUAUUUGUACUGAACGCAAUCUUCGUUGGACAUGUCCAAAUGCAAAUACUUUUUACAGUGCAUCCAUUAUUUGGGGAGCUAUCGGUCCAGUGAAGAUGUUCGGCAAAGGAUCAACUUAUUCAUCACUUCUCUAUGCUUUUCUAAUUGGUGCAUUUCUUCCUAUACCCGUAUGGUUUCUACUAAGAAAAUUUCCGAAUGCUGCUUGGCUAAAACAUGUUCAUUUUCCCAUCAUGCUAUCAGCAACAGCCAUGAUGCCACCUGCACCGCCUGGUAAUUAUCCAUCGUGGCUUUUCGUUGGUUUCUUCUUUAAUUUCGUGCUAGUUCGCUAUGCACAUUCUUGGUGGAAACGUUAUGCAUAUGUUUUUUCGGCAGCGAUGGACUGUGGAGUAGCUAUCUGUGGUCUCGUCAUAUUCUUUGCACUUCAACACAAUGAAAUCGAAUUUCCCACCUGGUGGGGCACUGGAGGUGAUACAGGAGAUGGUUGCCCACUUUCACAUGCAAAUUAUUCGGGUAUUUUACCUAGCAGUCGUUCAACUGUAUCUGAUUGA